ACUUAUUGUAAAAGCGCCUUAAGAAUCUAGCAGACUUCAAAUUCAAUUUGACAGUUACUACACGAUUUGUGGAAAUAUAAAAAGAAAUUAAAAGCGACAUUUUUCAAUUAUGUCUUCGCCAAUCUCGUCAAGUAAAAUCAAUUCUUAUAUUUAUAUUAAACCAAAUAAUAUUGCGUCACAAGAAGAAUCAAAUAGCGAAGAAGAUGAUUUUGUUUCAUUUUUACCUAAAAAAGAGAAAAUAAAAUCAACAGUUAAUUUAACAUCACAAGAAAAUGAUGAUGAUGAUGAUGAUGAGAAAUUAGAACUCGCUUCAAUUUCAUCAAUAAAUGAAAAUAAUUCCGAAAUUAAUGUUAAUAAUUCAACAAUGAAAGUGGAGAAAUUUGAAAACAAUGACGAUGAAUCUUCUGAUUCUGAUUUUGAAAAACUUGUUCGAAUUGCUAAUCGUUUUUAUGACGUUAAUAAUGAAAAUAAACCAUCGGCGGCAGCAUUAAAAUUAAAAAUACAAAUGGAAAAAUCAAACAAUUCUAUUAAUAAUAAUAAUACUAAUGAGCUAGAAUCAAAAGAAAUUUCUAAUUCAUCAAUUUCGACAGAUAUUUCAAAUUCAAAUAAAGAAACAUUAAAACUACCGACAAAAAGAACAAGAAACAGUAAAAUUACAAAUUAUUUUUCUCCUAAUUCCUCAAGUGCCAAAGAUAUUUUAAAUUUAAAUCAAACGAAAGAAAUUUCAAAAGUGACGAUAAAUAUAAAAGAACCAAGAAUUACAAGAAAAAGAAAAAUUGACACAAUUUCCAAUAAUACAUCAUCAAGUUCCAUAGUUGAAAAUACAUUAAAUAAAUCGUCAUUAUCUAAAAAAACAAUCGAACCAAAGAAAACACGUGGAAGAAAACCAAAAAUUCAGGGAGAAAAUUCAAAACUGAAAAAUUUAUCCACAAAUUCUUCAAUUGCUUCAAAAGCAAAGAAAAGCAAAGAACAAAAAAUUUUAAUUCAAGAUUAUACAAAAUUUGAACCACCAAAUACCAGAGGAAAUGCCAAAAAACAACUUUUAGAAAAUUCAAAUCAAACGAAGAAAUUUUAAACUCCGUUUAAAAUUAAUAAAAAAAAGCGUGAAUAUAAUUGAAUUUCUAAUACUAUCGAAACAAAAAAAGUUUUAUUUUCAAAAAAAUAAUAAUAAUAAUUUAAUUACUUUGUUACUCCUAUAAAUAUUUAUUGAAAAAAUAAAAUAAUUUCUUUAAAAAAAAUGCUUCUUAAUAAUUAUUAAGAAUUAUUUCUAUAUUUUUUAAAAAUUUUAUAUUAUUUAUUUAUCAAUAUUUCAAAUAGUUUAUUUAAUAUUUAAAAAAAAAGAAAAUAAUAUAUAUAUAUAUAAAAUAAGAAAACAUAUGCGUCACGUUUGGUACGAGAUGCGCCACAAGUAGUGGAGAUGAAAGAAAAGCAUCUGGAAUUUUUGUAUCAACGAAUCUUUCCCUCCACUCUUUACAAGUUUAGUGAGAAGCAAAUUUAUCGUCGAGAACUGACCGCAUAGCGCAGACUUUAUUUCAUCUAAAAACAGGAAGUUCAUCCGGACUAGUUAUACUAUAUCAAAUAUUAUAUUUUAAGAGGAAAAAAAAAAAAUU